GCAGUGUAGUGAAAAAAGCGACAAUAAAAUCGCCGAUUGCACGCCUUCUGCUCAUUACUUCGCGUUCCGCUCUCAAAGCGUAAGCACUUUUCUUUUAUUUCUACGACGCACAAGCCCACUGAAUAUUUUCUUUAUUCUUCCGGAAAAACAAAACCGCAUACACACAGAAAUACCCCCACAACAACAACAACAACAACCAUGUCUCUGCAGUCGGACGCCGUUUUCCAAAAGAUCAUCGAUGGACUGAAGGAGAACGAGGCCAAGGCCAAGGCGGUCAACGGUGUGUUCCUGUACAAAAUCACCAAGGACGGCAAGGUGGCCAAGGAGUGGACUCUGGACUGCAAGAACGCCAAGGCCUACGAGGGACCUGCCCAGGGCAUCAAGGUGGACACCACCUUGACGGUCGCCGACGAGGACAUGGUUGACAUCGCCCUGGGCAAGCUGAACCCCCAGGCUGCCUUCAUGAAGGGCAAGCUGAAGAUCGCCGGCAACAUCAUGCUCACCCAGAAGCUGGCGCCGCUCCUGAAGACCGACGCCAAGUUGUAAAAAAGGAGUGAUCAACAAUAACCCAGCCCAGUUAGCACAUUCCUCAACGAGACAGUGUGUGUGUGUUCCCUUUUACACAAUUUUUUUUUUUUUUCGUGUGUGUAAUUUGUAAUCUGUAUUCGUGUUUUUGUUUCACCACAUAAUUAAUGUUAUUUUUGUACGGAAAAACCCGUCUACAAAACUAGAAAAUAAUACAUAAGGCGAAAACGACAAAUUCCUGUGCACUUUGAUACUACAAAUGGGUUUUAUCGAUCUUCAUCGAGAGCACAAACUCCAUGUGCUUCAUGCGCCAGAGUGGCUUGAAGAGCACCUUGUACGUUGGCAUGGUCGACUCCAGCAUGGCGGCCAGUGGUCCGUGGACAAUGUACUGCAGCGAGAUGAUGUUCCAGCCAAUAUCACCGUUGAACGGUCGUUGAACAAUCACAUCGAGAUGGUUUAGAAUAUCAGGAUCAUCGUACUGGGCAUUCGUACAGCGCAGAGCGGAAUCCAACAUGGAGGUGAGAUCGUUAGCAUAUAUAUC